GUGUUUCCUUUUCGGGUGUGUUUGUAAUAAAGAUGGCCGGUGAUGGAGGCACUCUGAAGGAUUUCAAUGAAAUUAAAUCGCAGUUCCGGACAAGGGAGGGCUUUUACAAACUGGUCACGCUCUCUGAUUCCCAGCAGCGGGGCGGGGUGCCCCGAGGUCCCUCCUCGGGUUCCGCUGUGGGUCCCGGCUCCGGUUCGGGAUCAGUCCCUGGAGGCGGUGGCGCAGCUCCUGGUCCCGCUGCAGCUGCCUCGGCUUCUGCUGCCGCUGCCGCCGCCGCCGCCGCCGCAUCCUCAUCGCCGGCCGGGUUCCUGCCCCCUGUCAGGGUCUCAAUGGUAAAGCUGCAGCCGGAGGAUCCAGGCGAGGAAUCUGAAAGAGUUUGCUUCAAUGUCGGCAGGGAGCUAUAUUUUUACACCUAUACCAACAUUAAAAAGGCUGUCGAUCUCAGCAAACCCAUUGACAAGCGGAUAUACAAAGGAACGCAGCCCACGUGCCACGACUUCAACCAGUUCUCAGCCACGGCAGACAGCGUGUCUCUGGUCGUGGGGUUCUCUGCCGGGCAGGUGCAGUACCUGGACCCCAUCAAGAAAGAGACCAGCAAGCUGUUCAACGAGGAGAGGCUGAUCGACAAGUCCAAGGUGACGUGUCUCAAGUGGCUGCCCGAGUCAGAGCAGCUGUUCCUGGCCUCUCACGCCAGCGGGACCCUCUACCUGUACAACGUGGAGCACCCUUGCGGCACCACGGCUCCCCAGUAUUCGCUGCUGCGACAGGGCGAUGGAUUCGCUGUCUACACCUGCAAGGGCAAGACGCCCCGCAACCCGCUGCUGCGCUGGGCUGUGGGCGAGGGUGGGCUCAACGAGUUUGCCUUCUCCCCUGACGGUGUGCACCUGGCCUGCGUGGGGCAGGACGGCUGCCUGCGCGUCUUCCACUUCGACUCCAUGGAGCUCCAGGGGGUCAUGAAGAGCUACUUCGGGGGGCUACUCUGCGUGUCCUGGAGCCCCGAUGGGAAGUACUUGGCUACAGGCGGGGAAGAUGACUUGGUGACAGUGUGGUCCUUCGGGGAGAGCCGGGUCAUCGCCAGGGGUCACGGCCACAAGUCGUGGGUCAACGUGGUGGCUUUCGACCCGUUCACCACCAGCUUGGAAGAGGACGGGUCCGUGGAAUUCAGCGGGAGCGAGGAAGACCUUCAGGAGCCCGUUCAUUUUGGGCACGUGCGCACCAGCAGUACCCUGUCCCGGCUCUCCAAGCACAGCUCCAAAGCGGGCACCUCUGUCACCUACCGCUUCGGAUCCGUGGGCCAGGAUACCCAGUUUUGCCUGUGGGACCUGACGGAAGACGUCCUCUAUCCUCACCUGCCUCUGUCGCGUGCUCGGACGCUGACCAACACCUUCAGCUCUGUAAUACAUCCUUCAGUCAGCGGGGGGAGCAAUCUGUGUAAUCUCGGAGCAACAAUUAACACUACAACCACAACCGAGGGCACUGCUGGGCACCACCCGCCCGGACACCACCACCCUCCUCCGCAUGGCCCAGUCCUGCCCCGCUCGCUCUCCCGCUCCAACUCCCUGCCCCACCCUGCCGUCACCAACACCAGCAAGGGGCAGGCGGUCUCCGAAGGGGGCGCCCCCUUCAGUAUCGGGCGCUUCGCCACCCUCUCGCUGCAGGAACGCAAGUCGGACAAGUCCGCGAGCGACAAGGAGCACAAGCGUUACCACAGCCUGGGGAACAUCAGCAAGAGCAACGACAAGAUCAAUGCGGUGACCCGCAGCAGCCGCCUCGAAGCCGCCAAGGUGCUGGGCACGACCCUGUGCCCGCGCAUGAACGACGUGCCCCUGCUGGAGCCGCUCGUCUGCAAGAAGAUCGCCCACGAGCGCCUCUCCGUGCUCAUGUUCCUCGACGACUGCAUCAUCACCGCCUGCCAGGAGGGCUUGAUCUGCACCUGGGCGCGCCCCGGGAAGACAACUUUGACAGCACAGAAUGGCAGCUCCUCAAGUGGCACUGUGGUAUAGCUAUGAUGAAACACUGCAGCACCUUUUCAGCUAAAAUCCGCAACAGACUCUCUACACACGCAGAAGACCUGAGAACUAGCAGCUCAGCCAUGUUGGAAAGCUCCAGAUCUGAUGGGGGGAAUCCGACUCUGACACAUUGCAAAGCUAUGACUGUUGUAUUUUAUUUAUUUAUUUUAACACAGAGACUCUAGUCAUUUAUAUUGUACAUAUACAGAAUAUAAACAGAGGAUUCGAUGUAUCCAAUUAUGAAGAUUUAAUAUAUUAAAUAUAUUGUACAUAGUGCAGUUAAACUUGAAUGUCUGAGAUGGAAUCAUUGUACUGGUAGUGUAUGAUCGAUCCCUAUUAAUGUCAUGUUAAAAGAAACAAUAUGCAUAUCUUAAUAUAUGUGCAUUUUGAAUUUCAGUAUUGGAUAAAGAGAAAAUAAGUAAACCGUUGAUCGAUAAAAAUGUCUUUAAUUCCAUAAGUCCAUAUGUCUCCAGUGGCCUGUUUUUGAAGGAAUGACAUGUUAUUGUAAGUGUAUUUUAAUUUGAAACAUGGUACAGCACAUGCGGAAAUAAGCCUGUGGAUUAUGAGGGUUUGGAAUGGGCUACUGGGAUCCUUUAAAACUUACAGUUUUGAGAUCAAUCAGCUUGUAGGAACCGGACGAGCACAGAUGGGAUGAAUAGUGGUCCCCAUUGUUUGAAUAAGGACCCUGAUGAAACGAACACUCCUUUGCAUUUUAAUCACAUUUUCAGUAUGUGGUUGGUGAAUAUUGCUCCUGGACCAUUGCUGGUAGUUAUUGUACACUGAUCUCCUUGAAAAGCUACCACGCCCUGUUAAAAGAAACUAUUCCGGACACAUGGGAGAAAGUGAUGAAAAAAUGAAAGUAAAACAGGUUGAAUGUUGAUUUAUUGAACUAAAUUGGAUCAUUAUUUUCCAGGACGUGAUGUUAAAAGUAGACUCAUCUUGACAAAGUUUGGAGAUCACUCAGCGACCAGGAAGCGGGCGAGUGUUGACCGACCGAAUGGCUUGCUCUCGUUCCUAAUGUUUCUUAUGUCUAAUUUGCCUUAUGUCAGCUUUCCUGGAAGGUGGCAUGUUUGGACAGUGGCUAAAACAUGUUAUUGAUAUGAACGCUGACAGACCAGGUGUGUUUUGUGUAAAGAAAAUAAUGCCGUCCUUGUCAGCAGUCGGACUGCGCAGCAGGAAGGAUCGCUUGUUUUUUCUGUAGACUUUUGUGUCCGCUGGGCUUCAGACGAGGCAACAAAAAUGUGCAUAUUCUAUCUGAAUGCUUAAUAAACACUGCUGUAUAUGCCCAGUGUCCUCAAUCAAGCCCCCAGUGUGUAACUUUUGCCGUUCAGAAACCCUGUAUACUAUUUGAUUAUAAGAAACUUGGGUCUAGAUGUAUUUUCUUAGUUAACAUCAGCAACCUUAUCACCAGAUGUUUCAACUUUAAUUAAAUACACUGCUUCUUGAGCUAGCCUAUUAGUGUGAUGUUGGGCAAGCAUUAUUAACCCGUUAGGUGCCAUUGUCCACAUUUCAGAAUGAAAACUUCUAGAAUGAAAGUUUUGAUUUAGCAUGUAUCAAACAACAUAAAUACAGCUUGUCUUCAGUUUCAAAGAAAAGUGUAUGUGGUGCUUAAUGGGGUAAGAAGAACAGUUAUUGGCUUGGUUUUAAUCCCACAGAGAGCCCUGGUAUCUUAUUUGUUUACAUUACUGCCCUGUUGACUGGGGUAAUGUCUGCCAUAUAUCACUUGCACACACCAGUUGCUGGUUUCAUAGACCCCGAUUAACUCUAGAGCUAAUCAGGGUCCAUGAAACCAGCCGCAAAAGUUUUGGGUUUAUUGCAGUGGAGUUUCAUACUUGCUUCACAAAGCAGAUAAAGAAUGUAAUCAUCCUGCUGUGUUUAAAAAAUAAAUAAAUAAAUCAAAUAAACAUUAGUCAGCCAAAGCUGUUAGCAAUCUAAAAUGGGUUUUGCAUCAGCAAGAAAUCAAGUGUUGGCCGAUUUCAACCCCCUCACCCUGCUAUUAGAUCACCGGACCAAUGCUCAGUACUGUAACAAAACCAGCCUGUCGUUUAGCUCUGUGUGUGGGGUGAUUCAUGACCACCCCCUUGACAGUGAGUCCCCUUGCGAGCCUUGUACACAAAGCAAGCUUGCACUGUUUCUCUUUUCUGUUACAGAACUGCCACUCUCACACUAAACUCCUCAGUUAUUUAUUUGAUGCUUUUUUAACAUCAAAAAAGCAUUUGCAGACCGUCUAAGCUGUUUUAAAUCAAAUGCACUUUCAACCGUUUGUCAACUGUAAAUUAUACACUGGCGUGCGCUACUGUAUUCACUGGGGUAGUUUCAUGGAAAUUCUCACUUCUUUCUCAUGCUAUUUUGUUUGUACUUUUGGGUUCUGGGUGUUUCCAUGUUGUUUUUUAGCCAGAGAUAUUUUCCUUCCAAAUGCAAACAACCAAAUUCACAUUAACGGCAUAUUUAAAUGUUUUUGUCUGACUUCCAAUUUAUCCUUGCUGAUAUCGCAUCCUGCCGUCUGUGGCCACCAAAAAAAAUUAUAAAAAAGCACGAAAAAAAAGAAUAGUAAAAAACAGACAUAGCUUUACACAAAUAAUAAUUAACAAAACAAUAUUCAAAAUGGUAGGGACCAUUUCUCCUCAUUGUGACACAGCGCACCCUGCUGGCCAGGCACCCAUUGAGCUCAGAGCAGACACCUGCAGGGCUGCCUUUGUCCUCUAGA